GCGGGGUUGGAGCUGGCGGGCGCCACGGCACGCCCGGGCCGGCGGAGCGGGAAGGGUAGCCGCUGCCCGCCGGGGCUCGGGUUUAGGCGCCCGCCGCGCCGCUUGCAAUCCCGGCUGUUGGCAGCGGCGGGCGGGCGUGGACGCGCUGCCCGCGUCCAGCCGGCGAUAGGAAGUGGAACUGGGCGCGCACUGCGCGGACUGAGCGGCAGUUUUGGAGGGAGUUUGCAUGUGGUCAGCACUGGGCUCCUAAGCCAGCCCCCAGCUCACAUUACACUCUAUUUAUAACCUCUCAGAGCCGUUUCCCCCUGAAAGCAGUUCUCUGGGACCACCUUCUUUUGGCUUCAACCUCUCCUACUCUUGACAUCUGAGUAGCUCAGAGGGAAGCUUCUCCAGGUCCGAGUGUUUAUAUGUAAAGGAGGCUGGCCGCUAGGGCUCAGGACCGGGAUUAUCCGAGCUCUGCAGAAACGCGGGCGGCUAUUGCUUUGGGAGGGGGACAAGUCACAGGGUUUCCAGUGAAAAGUGACAGAGGGUGGUGGCGUUUGGAACCGUCGUGAAGUCUUCUGCCUGGAACCCGAGACUUGCAUGCUAUGGAACACCCGCUCUUUGGCUGCCUCCGCAGCCCCCACGCCACCGCGCAAGGCUUGCACCCGUUCUCCCAAUCCUCUCUCGCCCUCCAUGGAAGAUCUGACCACAUGUCCUACCCCGAGCUCUCCACGUCUUCCUCGUCUUGCAUAAUCGCGGGAUACCCCAACGAGGAGGGCAUGUUUGCCAGCCAGCAUCACAGGGGGCACCACCACCAUCACCAUCACCAUCACCACCACCACCAGCAGCAGCAGCACCAGGCUCUGCAGGCCAACUGGCACCUCCCGCAGAUGUCCUCCCCGCCGAGCGCGGCUCGGCACAGCCUCUGCCUGCAGCCGGACUCGGGAGGGCCCCCGGAGCUGGGAAGCAGCCCGCCGGUCCUGUGCGCCAACUCCUCCAGCUUGGGCUCCAGCACCCCGACCGGGGCCGCGUGCCCGCCAGGGGACUACGGCCGCCAGGCGCUGUCACCCGCGGAGGCGGAGAAGAGAAGUGGCAGCAAGAGGAAAAGCGAUAGCUCAGACUCCCAGGAAGGAAAUUACAAGUCAGAAGUCAACAGCAAACCGAGAAAGGAAAGGACAGCUUUUACCAAAGAGCAAAUCAGAGAACUUGAAGCAGAAUUUGCCCAUCAUAAUUAUCUGACCAGACUGAGGCGAUAUGAGAUAGCAGUGAAUCUGGAUCUCACUGAAAGACAGGUGAAAGUGUGGUUCCAGAACAGGCGAAUGAAGUGGAAGAGAGUAAAGGGAGGACAGCAAGGCGCUGCCGCUCGAGAAAAGGAACUGGUGAAUGUGAAAAAGGGAACACUCCUCCCUUCAGAGCUCUCGGGAAUCGGUGCCGCCACCCUCCAGCAAACAGGGGACUCGCUAGCAAACGAAGACAGCCACGACAGUGACCACAGCUCUGAGCAUGCACACUUAUGAUAUAGACAGAGGGGAUCAGCUAUAUUCUCAGGAAAGAGAUGUUGUGAUGGCAAGCCUUACUCAACCAUCGUUUACACAGAGAGAGGACUAUGACCUUGAUUUUUAAUAUUAUUAAAUUCAGGCAUCCCGAGUCUGUUUUUGAUGAUUUAUAGAGGGUUUACACUAAGUGCCGCUUAUGAAAGAUUGCUUCCACAGAGAAGAUGGAGGUGAACUUGCUUUGAAUAUUCCAGAGGUGUUGGUCGUGUGUAUGACAGUGAGCAGCCUUUGUGUUUGCUUUUGCUUGCACUGAAAAUUAAAUUGCUAUCAAGAGCAAACUAUGAAGCAUUUGUAUUGAAGGUGCCUCCAGAGUGAAGAUGCAGAAGAUGAAUUGGCUUUGAACAUUGCAGAUGUCCGAGGUCAUGUGUGUGACAGUGGGCAGGUAUUUGCUCUCGCUUGCACUGACAAUUACAUUACUAUUCAAGAAUAAACCAUGAAACAUUUUUAUCCCGAACAGCCACAGUGCCUGAAAUCAUUCUUAAGUGGGUUAAAAAAAAUGUAUUUUAACUCUGUAUAUAUUACCCUUAAGUCAUUUUCCUGUCUUCACUACGUUUAGCAAUGCAUUCAUAUUAGCUGAUGAAAAUAGCCACUCACGAUGACAAACAGAACCAGCUUCUUGUAUUUUUAUAUAUUUUGUCAUCCCAGAAACAAUCAGCACGUGCUUACUUGUGUUCAAGUAGAGAAAAAUACAUUAGAGUCUGAUAGGGAAUAUUCUUGUACCACAGACAAAACAAAUCUUAUGUUGCAUUUUCUAUCAACUGCUGCUAAUACAUUAUUAUAAAACUUACCUAGCUCCUCAAUUCUUCCUAUCUAUAGCUUGGAAAAAACAAUUUAGGAUCAUAGGCAAAUCAGUUACUUGCAAAAAGAGCUUUUGUAUGACAAACAUUGUCUGAUUUUAUUUCUAUAAAACGUUAGCUGUUGUGAAUAUGAUUUAAUUAACAAGAAAAAGGGUUUCCCCCCGAUUGGCGAUGGUAAUAGACAACUUGCAAAACAAAAUUGAUUUCUCAAGUUGGUAGAAGGUAAAAUUCUGAAUGUCUUCAAAUUAAGUUCAGUUAAAACAUAUUUUUUUCAUAUAUGAUGUAUUCAUGCAGAACAAAAAAGUUUGUAUUUUGUAAAAAAAAUGUUAAAUAAAUGAUCCUUUGUAAAUAA